GGCCCCAGGGUCCUUAUCUCCAGCAGAUGCUUUGAAAAGGUCCUCUGGUUUCUUUUUUUUCAGAAAUAGUAAACUGACAGGUUUCCGCCAUCUUAGUGGAGUAAGCGUCCUGUGAAAAAAGGAUGCAGUCGGGCACUCUCUGGAGAGUUCUGGGACUCUGCCUCCUAGCAGUUGGUGCUUGGGGGAAGGAAGAUGAUUUCCCACAGAAACCAUAUAAAGUCUCCAUCUCAGGAACCAGGGUAGUACUGGUAUGCCCUCUGGAAGUUGACUCUAAAAUAAAAUGGACAAAAAAUGGUAAUAAGAUGAGCAAUUAUCACGAGGACCACCUAAUAUGGGAGGAUUUUUCAGAAGUGGAGAACAGCGGUGAUUAUGCCUGCUCUGCAGACAACACAGAGGCAAGCCAUCAUAUCUACCUGAAAGCAAGAGUAUGUGAGAACUGCAUAGAGGUGGAUGUGAUGGCGGUGGCCAUAAUUGUCAUAGUCGACAUCUGCAUCACCCUGGGUUUGCUGAUGCUGGUUUAUUACUGGAGCAAGAACAGAAAGUCCAAGGCCAAGCCUGUGACACGAAGAGCAGGUGCUGGCGGCAGACCCAAGGGACAAAAGAAGGAGAGGCCACCACCUGUUCCCAAUCCAGACUAUGAGCCCAUCCGGAAAGGCCAGCGGGACCUGUAUUCUGGCCUGAAUCAGAGAGCUGUCUGACAGCUCUAGA